CUCUCUCGUGUUGCAUUCAAGUUUGUUUUUUAUCUUACCGGAUGUAUAUCGGCGAGAUUUUGUAAAGGGAUUUAUUAAUGUAACACGUUAGUAAUAAGGUUUUUCUCGCGAAAACAAAAUUAUGGACGUUGACUUGCUCAGACCAGGCACUGUGCCGAUUUCGCCGGACACGAUACUAUGGUUUGAAUUUUUAUUGAAUCCUUCUCUAUUGCAGAAGCAUCUGUCAAAAUCAUCUCCAGAUCCAUCGCCUACAGAUUUGAUAAUCAAGUUUAUGACAAUUAGCUCCGAUCAAAAAGAGACUGAGACGAAAGCAGUCGAUGCUGAAUCAAACGACGUGAAAUCCAACGGCGCGAUCCAGUUGUCUCACAGGAAUUUGGCAUUGAAAAUACUCUCUUUGAAAGUUGCAGCGAGCCUCAAAUGGAAUUUAGAUAUUUUGGAAAAAAAGCUACCAUUACCUAUACAAGUGACAUUGCUGCAAGAUUUGUUUUUUAUCACUGCGGAUGUCGUGGUGGAGAUACCUUCAAUUCCAGAAUAUUGUUUGGAAAAGGUUUCCGAUCAGCUUUUGUUCACAUUAGUAUUAUAUCACAGAUGGCAUUUGAGAGCAAUUGUUUGCAGAGCUCUCAACAAUAAACAACCAAAACAACAAUUGCUUCAUAUACCAGGUACUCAAGAAUCAACCUAUAUGCCACCUGGAAUAGUGGAUGAUAUUAUCAGAAAAUUGGAAACUCAUGUAUCUGACAGUGUAAAUGUUUUAAAUGCUAUUUUACAAAUGCCCAACAUAAAGCCAAAGAUUCUCUCAUUUGAUACUUUUCAAAUGUUAACAGAGGACAGUACAGAAAUCAAGCAAAAUUGGGAAAAUAUGUGUGUGGUGAAUGUAGAUGAGUUUAAGUGUCAGAUACAUUAUGAUCUGGCAAUGUUUCAUUUAUUGAAAGAAGAAUAUGAAGAUGCAACCUGUCACAUUCAACAAGCAAAGGAGUUGCAUAACAAGCUCGAUUCUACUGAGAAUUUGGUGUACUGUAAAGUACAGAAGGAAUUUUUGGAUGGUUGUUGUUUGGCUUGCAAAGUAGUUUUAGAGGGACACACUCCCACCUUGACACAGCGUUUGCACACUUCUAUUAAAGAUCAAUAUACUAAUAUAUUGCAGAUUUUGCAAGCAGAUAAUGUUUACAGGGAGAUCCCCGAAGUUUAUAGAGACAAUUUGGAACUGGACUUGCAAGGCGGAUUGAUUAACAAGAAAUACGUGGUCGAUCGGAAUCUUCUGUUGCAAAUACAAUGCCUGAAUCUGAUUAGGAAAGUUCUUGACAGCAGCAUAAUUAUAGGCGAUUAUGUGAACGAAAUUAAAACAGCUGGUUCAAAGGGUUUGGAUAUUUUUUUAUGGGCUAUAGAAAAUGUUCUGGAAAAAGCAUCGUCCACAGACAAAAAAAGAAUUGCGCGGUAUCUUCUUUAUCUUGUGAACACCGCUGAUGUGGAAGAACUCGCUGGCAAAAUUCUCAGCAAUGCUUCUAUCUCGUCGUUGUUCGACGAAACGGAACUUGCCGCCAUUCAAGAGGCGGAUACUGACAAUGCGUCUGAAUUACCAGACCUGUUGCUUCACAACAAUUGGGGUAUACCAUCCGUACCGUACAUAAAAAGCUCAAGAAUCGAGAUGUUCGAACUAGAACAAAAACUGAUGGAAUCGUACGAUCACGAUGUGAUUCACGAAAUGUUGAUUCGUUUGGAGGGAAAGCAUAUCAUAAAACCGCUGGUGCAUAUUAACAACUGUUGGGACUUGCCCAUCCCUCUGCAAAGUGUGAUAAUGUCGCUUCCCAGAGGUUUCCUUCAGGAUUAUUCCUAUGUAUUACUCGCAAAGAGUCGGGAGUUAGUGGCCGCAAAAAAUUUUGACUGUGCCAUUGAGCUGCUCAAGGUCCUGGACAAGGAGCUGGAGGAUACCAUGAAGAGCGGAGGUUCGGCGAUUUUCAAGCUGUCAAAAUUGGUGAACUGGGAAUGUCUGCUCGUCGAAAUAUGGAAGUGCUUUUACGCAUGGCCAGCGACGAAUAUCUGUGAUAGAUCGAGUAUGGUUACGCGGAGUAAACAGUGCCUCAGUGCGUUGCAAGCGUCCGAUCAGCUGAUCCCGCGGCAGGAAAUCAUAGAAUAUUGCACGGUCUUUCUUCUGAAUAUGGGUGAAUGGGAAUAUCUCAUCAAUUUAGAGAAACGCUGGAGUUAUACCGAAUUCGCAGCUGUCAUCAGCAGUGUUUGCCAAGAUGUUAUCAAGUACAAAGGAACCCGCAAAUUUCCGCGCGAAGCGUGGGAUAUGGUGUUAACAGCGUUCGGUCCAAACAGAGAUCAGCCGCAGAAACGAAGCGCGAGUAGCAGCAGCAACAGCGGUAGUUCCAGCAGCGGUUCUUCAAAGGACAUGGCCGCAAUUAUCACCACCACGUUCACGCGGUUGCGGGAUCAAAGAGUCCUUGCUGUAGUCAUAUCUCUAUUGGCACGUUUGCGCAAUAUUUUACGUGACGAGUCCAGUCUGGAGUUACACACGCAAUACUUGGCUCUAUGGCCCGCUGGAAUACCGAAUGCAAAUUCGUACAACAUUAGAUACAUUGGAGAACUGUUGUUCCAAUUACUGUUGCAAGCCUUGAAAUACCAUCCCUGCAAUGUGUCCUGGUUGAGAUUGAUGGGUGAUCUCAAUUUCGUUUUAGCGUAUUACGAAAGCGCAAUGAAAUAUUACUUGGAGGCAAUUAUGGUUGCCAGUGAUUUAUUCAGUCAGCCUAUACCACGCACGCAAAUAGACGAUCUCGUUUAUAGACGAAUGAUCAAGUGCUGCGCCCACUUGCAGUGUUACACCCAAGCAGCUGUGCUGUGUCAGUUUCUGGAAGAAGUGGAUUACUCUUUGGCGUUCAAGAUGGCAGCCAGCGAUCAAAAAAGCUGCGCCUCCGCCGACGCUAUGGAUGCUUACUACAACUGUAUCUGGGACACGACGAUACUCGAAUACCUCAUACAUUUGCAUACGAAACGCGGGGAACAUCACAGAAAACAACUUGCGAUCAAAGUUAUCGGUUUGUUGGAAUUGAACUCUAAUAAUAACGAAGAGAUUCAAAGAGAAGCGGCCAAUAUUCGAAAAGCUAAAUUUUUAAGAGCCUUAGCAAAGCAAUAUGUUUAUUAAAUAAGAAA